AUGACCGGGCACCAUGGCCUGGGGCUCUCGCGGGCCGAGAUCCUCCGUCGCAUCCAAGACGUCUUCCAAGCGUUCCUCGAAGACCUCAUGAACGAUACCUUUACGACCUUCCACACGCUCAAGCGCGCGACGAGCGCCAUGACCUUUGACUGUGACGCCCUCACGCUCUCCCAUGGCGGCGAGAAGCGCGCGAUCAAGAUGACUUCUGCAAGCGCUCGCAAGUACACGGGCAUGUGGCUCGUGCUGCAGAUCGCCCAUCAGCUGCUGCUCGAGGACAAGACAGUGACCCAGCGCGAGCUCUACUACCUCCACCCGUUCUUCACGUCGCAGCAAGAAGCAGAUGAAUGCAUCCUCGAUGUUAGCGGUCUUCUCUGCGUGCCCCGCGAAUGCUUGAACAUCAUCGGCGGCGUCAAGGGCUACUUCACCGGCCGUCUCUGCUAUCGCAGCGCAGACAAGCAGUGGAUUGACUGCAGCCUCAAUGGCGCCUCUGGACAGCCCAUCUCACGGGAGCUACUGCGCCUCGAAAGCGAAGACAUGACCAGCGAUGCGCAAUACAUCAUUGUGGUCGAGAAGGAAGGCAUCUUCAACCGGCUCGGCGAAGACCUUUUUUAUAACCGCGUUCCGUGCAUACUCGUGACAGGCAAAGGGUUUCCGGACCUCGCAACACGGAUCUUUGUCAAGAAGCUUCGUGACACGCUCCGCAUCCCAGUCCUCGGUCUCUGCGACUGCAACCCCUUUGGCCUCUCGAUCUUGCUCUCGUUCAAGUUUGGCUCGGCGCGCAUGCCCCUCGACUCGGUGGCGUACGCCGUGGACAUGCACUGGGUCGGCUUGCGGCCGUUGGACACAGCGUUGCUGGAGCUGCCCGAUGUCGUGCACACCAAGUUUUCAAAGCACGACACGCGCCGACUGCAAUCGCUAACCGCGCAUCCCUUUGUGCAGAUGGACGCUGCGUACCGCGCCGAGGUGCAGCACUGGACAAAGCACCCUCUCAAGAUUGAGCUCGAGGCCCUGCAUACAAAGGGCUUUGGCUUUAUCACCGAAUAUCUCGAAGCUCAAGUUCUGGCACGCAACUAUAUCUAA